UAAUAGGCUGCUGGUAUAUAUAACAAAGUGUAAUUGUUUCAGCAAAGCAAAGAAAAACUAAAGGCAAUCAUUUAACUCUAUACACAAGUUUGAAAAAAACACAGAAUGGUCCACCUUUUGAUUGGUAAAUAUUUGAAUGAAGUGACAUUUACAACAGUACUCCUGUGUGUUGUAUCUUUGUACGAGGGAGUGACAUCUACGGUUGUUCCCGGUGAGAGGUAUCGUGGUCCCGUUGUCCGAGUGUUGGAGAUCAUUGGACAACAGCAGUGUGUCCGGGAAUGUAGACACAGGCCCAAGCUGUGUCGGGGAGUCAACUACCGGAAAGAGGAUUUGUUGUGUGAACUCGUGUCGUCCAUCGACAAAACGGAAACCAAUCCCGACUAUGUUAGAAUUGAACUCAAUCAGACUGUAAAUGUACCAGAAAUGAACCAGGAAUGUCUGGCGUGCUCUUCAGAUGAUCAAUGUGUGACGCUGUCCAGUAAGAAAGUCCAUUGUAUUCGAGUUGUUUCCAACCUUGCGUUGCAUAAGCCUGCAACACAAUCAUCAACGCUUACAUGGACAGAAGCUGGACUGACUUACUCUGCCAAUUUGGCAGUUGAUGGCAACAACGGUACAGACCAUGCCGUAGACAAGUGUUCCAGCACCGAGGGUGGAGACACAAAUCCGUGGUGGCUGGUGGAUCUGAAAGCUGUGUAUUCCAUCACAUCUGUCAGAAUAUUCAAUAGAGGAAUGGACAAGUGGGGAGAAGAUGUGUCAAACCGGCUGCGGAAUGUUACCGUCACUGUAGGGGUGACAGAGUCAGAUGUCAACACUUCCUGUGGUUUCUUUGCUGGUCCCGGUACUCUGUCACAGCUGGUGGUCAUCGACUGUCCGACAUUACCACAGGGGAGAUUCGUAAAGAUCUCCAUAAUCACUGAGUUUCUCACUCUAUGCGAAGUUGAAGUGUUUGGAUACUCUGUCUAAUUAUAAUUGCUGAUGUCUUUUAUCUAAAUGAUUCUCUUUCCGACCAAUCAAUUACUGUGUAUUUCUAAAUAAACGCAAGCAUAUUUUAAAUCUCGCUUGUUUUAUAUGUGAGUUGAGUACUAAAGGAUUCAGAUAAAAAUUCAGUGUCGCGAUUUUAAAUUCCCGCGAUUUGAACCAAAAAGACGGGAUCGCAAAAUUACGUACUCGCAUAAAAUAAGGAAUUCACAGAAUGUGUAUGUUGAAGUGAGGUUUUUAAUAUCUUAAUGUUCAGUUUUGUGACAAAAUUCUAUUCAUAAUUGCUUAAAGUGUUUGUUUUUUUUAUAGAACUGCAUGCAGUUGAUAUAAAAAAUGUGAAACGUUUUAUAAACUAUUA